AUGGCACUCUUAUCCAGAGUAUUGCAUCAAGAUAAACCUCAUCAUCAUUACGAAAAAAAUGGAGAAAAUCUUACGGUAUCACCCUUUACAUUGACAAUUAAGAUCGAAUCUCCCCCUGUGAUACUUUACGGGACACGGGAAGAAUCUACAGGGUUCAUCUUAUCGGGGUUGCUAUUUCUAGACAUAUUGAAAGAGAAGAAUGCUGAGUUGGAAUCGGUAACGUUGUCUUUGAUACAGACUAUGAAAUAUACUAAACCAUUUAUUGCUCCAUCGAGCACAAUUUCAGGCUGCAAGAAUUGUUCAGUGAAAAAAAGUACUUUAGCUCGUUGGGAUGUAUUGACCACUAAAACAAUGUUUGCUGUUGGCUCUCAUGCGUACCCCUUUAGUCAUCUUCUUCCAGGGUCCUUACCAGCGACAUCAAAAUUAGGAUCCUCUCACUCGGGAAGUUAUAUUAAAUAUGACUUAAUUGCGACAGCAAAAGCAACCAAUUUUGAUAAGGAGAUAGAGGUACUUCUUCCCUUGAAUGUAACUCGACUGGUAUUAAGAGGGCCGGAUAGAAACUCUGUGAGAGUAUUUCCUUCUACAGAAGUUUCAGCUAAGGCUGUCUUACCCAAUGUCGUUUACCCGAAGUCUACUUUCCCAAUAGAGUUAUGUCUUGAUCAUGUUGUGAAUGAAAAAGGGGAUAGAAGAUGGCGAAUGAGAAAAGCAACAUGGAGAAUUGAAGAAUCAAUUAAAAUAAAAGCAAACGCGUGUCCUAGCCAUAUCAGCAAAUUGAAAUCGCUAGAAGCAUCUGAGAAAAAGGCUGAACGAUCUCACGGACCAAUUCAAAAACCAAUUCCACAGCAUCAUAGUACAAUUCAAACCAGUAUGACGUUAUCUACAUACCCAGGAAUGCAGAGUCAAAAUCAAAAUCCAAAUGAGGCAUUGGAUCAUCAGGAAGUUGAAGAUGAACACAUUCCUCCUGCAGAAGAAAUAGAUGAUCCCAUUGCUGAUUUCAUACGAGGAGCUAAUAAUUUGAGCAUUUCUCAACGGAUUCCUACACCUCAGCAGCCGGCUGUUAAUACGACAGAAGAACAUUUAUACUUAGAAGAAACAAGAACAAUAAGCCAUGGAGAGAUAAAAUCAGGUUGGAAAUCAGAUUUUUCCAACACUGGUAGAAUAGAGUUGGUGGCCGAUAUAAAUGCAUCGAAUUUUUCCACUGGAUCUGUUACAAAUGUAAAUAAAAGAUCAAGUGAAGAUCCAAAGAUUGACGAAGAGAAGGAAGGUUUAAAAAAUGGCUCCAAUGUUGCAUGUGAUAUUGAUGAUCCCAAUCUAGGAGCGUUCGUGGAUCACACACUUAUAUAUGAGUUAAUUCUAGUUGAGGAGGCAAUUCAGAGAGGAAACGAAAAAAGGUCAUUAAAAAAAGUGGGUGAAUCUCCCCUGCUUUCUCCAGUCAACUCUCAAUCAUCUACAUUAAGUAGUGCUACUCCUCCUUCUAGAGCUAAGGUGGGCACUCCGACGGGAACUGCUCGUGUGUUUAGAAUGCAAUUCAAAAUUAUAUUAACUGAACGUUCGGGAUUAGGUAUUGCAUGGGAUGAUGAAGUUCCUCCCACGUACGAUGUUGUUAGUAACCUUAGUCCACCAACUUACAUGGAAUCGUCCGACAUUGGAACUCCUGAGUAUACACCAAAUCUCACCCCUUCUACUUCUUUGACCUCCUCAUCACAAGGAGGUGAAUUGGCUCAAACGCCGAGAGUCAUUUAUGGUGUUGGAUCAUCAGACUCCUCUGGGGGUUUAUUCUCAAGUAGGGUAAUACCUAGUCUCAGCAUUGAUCAUUUAGUAGGUUUAGAUGAAAGUGCUGAUGAGUUGAGUAACCAUGAGCAUGAAUGA